CCCCUCCUCCAUGUGAUGUUUUUAGUCACACCCACCUUCAGAUCUGAACUUUUGGUAGCGCCUGACUCCACUCAGAAGACGCUUGCUCUUAUUUCAACCUUUCCUCUCUGGCCUGCUGCCAUAGAUGAGGAUGCAUUUAUCCCCCUAUCACUCACUAAAGCAAAGCUUGCCUUCAGACAGUUCAGAUCUGACUUUCUAACGGGGACAAGCAAGUGGAAUUCAAGAAGAGCCGAGUGCUUCUGCCAAGAUACUGUUUUCCACUCGUUCCAUACAGGAUCUACCAUGCGGAGCUUUUUAUGUCUUCUUUUCCUGUUCAAAAUUCUAGUCCCUAGUUUUGCUGCCUCCCUCCAUAGACAACUUGACCAGGAACAAAUUGAAGAAGUGUUCUUGGAUGCCACGUCUGCAAAGAAAUUCUUGAGCCGUAAGAUUCUUUAUAACCACUGGGAUUUUGAGCUGAUUGUGCGUGACAACUUGGAGCGUGAAUGCAUAGAAGAAGUUUGCAGCUAUGAAGAAGCUCGGGAAGUCUUCGAAGACGACAUAAAAACAAUGAAUUUUUGGAAGAACUAUAGAAAAGAAGCAGGAAAUCCUGGAAUAGAUGUGGCAGGCCUGGUGGCUGGCCUGAUUGCAGCUUUGGUGGCUAUUGUCAUGUUUAUAAUUGUGGCCAUGUAUUGUAUCAAAUAUCGGGCUAAAGAGAGAAAUCGAUCCAGAAGAACACAGGAAAAUUUGAAUCCAGGGAUUCCCCUUACCUGCUUUGAUGAUGAGCCCAAGCCGGAAUCUGCACCUGGGCUUCCUUCUUAUGAGCAAGCAAUGGCAGCUUCAGGGGUGCACGAUGCGCCACCCCCACCUUACAACAGGACCAUGACUAGGGUUGAAAUCUGACAUAUAUGAGAAAGCAGCAGAGGCUGGCGCUAUUUUCAGAGUGAUCCCUGUGGUUAUGAAGGCUAGUCUUGAAGGUGGUUCAACAUGAUUGGCAUUGAUGGAUGACUUUAUUGCAGUCUAUAUCUUGCUCAAAAGGAACAGAUGAGUGGGGGGGGGAGGAAGGAGAGGAGCUUUUAUAUGUAAGGCUUCUGAAGCCUCCAGAUAAAAUCAUAAAUCUGAGAUUGGAAGCUAUGAUGAAAGCCUAUAGAUGAUGAUAGGAAGAAAAGGAAGAGAAAAAUUCUAUCAAGGUAGCAAUAUAGAACAGGCUGCCAAGCCAACAGAAAACACACAUUAUGUUUUUUUUUUCUGAAACAGUUGCAAAACUUUCACAGAGACAGUUAUUGUAUUAAUAGGGAAUUUUGAACUUCCUCAACAUCUGUAAGUCUACAAAGUCUGGAACAGCUCAGUAAAAUCCUGACUUCCCGGUCUUUCUGCCUCUCGGAAAAUAAAGAACGGAACAAAAGAACCUCAUACCCUUGAUUUAGCUCUGAUCGUUGGGGAACCUACAAGUGAGAUACAUAUAUCCAAGCAGUUGAAACAAAUGUAAAGUACAAUUGUAGAUAAACAGAAGUAAAAGGGCAAGGAUAGAAUGAAACAUUGGCUUGGCUGUAUGUAAAGGAUUUAGGUGUAUCAGUAGGUCAUAAGAUUAAGAUGAGCCAGAUACAGCUUUUAAAAAUUUAAUUCUAGGGUGCAUUAAUCAAAACAUAAUAUUCAACUUGAGAAAUGAACCGUUUCAUGCUAUUUCGCACUGGCUGAACUUUAUCUAGCAUUGAGUUUAAACGGGUACCACAUUUUGAGAAGGUCAUCAAGGAAUUAGAUCAUACUCAGAGGAUGGUGAUUCAGGUAGUAAAACUUCUAUGUAAAGAAUUGUUGGAAGAACAAUGUUGAAUCUACAAAAUAUUAAAAAGAAAUAUGAUAGCAAUACUUGAUAGACUAUCAUGAAGAAAUGAAGCAGAUUUGUCCUCUGCUAUUUCAGAAACAAUGCCCACUGCAGAGACAUUGUAGGCAAGCAGAAUUUGACUUAACAUUUGUAAAAACUCUGCAGUGGUAAAUGCUAUUCAGCAGUAGUGCAGUGUGCCAUUGGAACUUGUGAGCUAUUUCAUUGGAUGAAUUCAAGUGUGGGCUAAAAACUACUCAGAUUUAUUUCAUAUGCUGAGUGGAGCAGUGGAGUAGCUGAAAAUCUUUUUUGCUUUAUACCAGAGGUGGGGAACGAGAGCCCCUUUAUGACUUGUAGACUUCAAGUCCCAGAAUUCCUGAGCCAGAAUUCCCAAACAUAAUCUUAAUGUUUCAUCUCUUCACUUUCUCAGGAAUAUUUUUAAUCCAGCUAGUUUUUCUACAUUCACCUGUUUCAGUAUAUGACUCUUUCUUCAAUUACCAUGUCUUUCUUUUUCUUCAGGAAUAGCAAUUUGACUCGGCCAACCUGAGUUUUCAACAGCCGGAUAAAUAUUCUUGAAAUACCUAUUUCAUCUUUACAAAAGACACUAUGCACACCCUUGCAACAUAGCCAAGGCAGGGAGCACAUGUGACUUUGAAGCAGACAAUUAAUGCAUACUGGAUAUGAAGCUGCAGUAUGUGGAGACUGUGUAUGAGUGGCAGGUGUGUGCAGAAGAGGAUAUUGCAACAUGUUUUGGUUGAGAAAUUAAAAUCUAAAAUUGCAAAUGUACAUAUUAGGACUGAUAUCACUAGGUUAAUGUGAAAGUGAAAUGCUAAUUUGCACAGAGUUCCUCCUCCCAUUUCCCCCCUCUUCCAUUCAUCUUAUGAAUGAAUUUUUUAUUACCGUCUUUUCUAUCAACAUGUGAUUAUGCAAGGAUUAUAUUAAGGAUAAAUAAAAAAUAGUUUUAUUUGGAGGUAAACAUGACUGAUCGUGGCAGACUAAUUAAUAUAAUAGGAAUUGCAAGCUGGUAUAAAAAAAUCUUAAAUAGCUCAAGACAAAGAUUCAGUUUGGAGAAACUGCUCUGGAUUAUACAAGCUCAGACUUUUAUUCAAGUACAGAAAGAAUAGAGAUAUUACAAGUUGUCUUUUGUGAUUGGCAUGCAGUACAAAAAAACAGGAAUGGCUAGCUUGAUGUAUUCAUUGGCAACAUUACAUUUUGCCCCUGCUUGUUCCAAAGAAUAGUAUUUGUUAUGGUCACUGACUUAGCAAAAUUCAUGAUCUAUUCUAGAGACUGUUCUAAGAGCAGAACAUAGAAGAAGCUGACUUAGAUCACAUCAGGUUAUUUGACCAUUUGGCCCAGUGUUAUUGCUUGACUCACAUCUGCUCUCCAGAAGCCUCAGCAGUGAAAGGCUUCUCCCUCCACAGCUGCCUGAUCCAUUUAAAAAUUUGGCCUGGAUUAAGUUUGAUUUUAUUUUUAUACAAAGCGGGUUCCCCAUUUCUAAGCUCUGUUCCCCUCUUAACCUGAAGACAGACACGCCCACGCACUCUUCAAAACUGGUCCUGAGAAUUUUAUUAGGGAAGGCAGAUUAGCAAUGCAAAUUGGAGCACAGGUAUUUCAAGACAAGUAGGAAAUUUAGCCAGAGGUGGAAAACAAGUAAGAAAGUCCAAUCAACCACAGAACAUAGGUGCACCUCUGCAGUGAUGUAAGCAUGAAAGAGUGGGAACAAAACAUGUUUAUAAAUACUUCUAAGAGCUAUAUUGCACAGCUGUCUAGAGCACAAGAUGAGAAUGAAAUGAGAAUGAUGAUGUAGUUGGACAAAAACCCAUAAGCACAGAUGUUAAAUUCAUAUCUGCCCUGCCUUUCCACUUAUUUGUCAUGAAAUAUUGUUUGCGUGGCUAUGAGUACAAUAGAGAGAACACUCCAACAGAGCUGUAAGGAAGGAGAAGCAGUUUGCUGAGUGUUGGCGAACAAUAAUGUGGCCGAUUAAAUGAGUAAACUGUGAAUCCUUUAACAUGAUUUCUAUGGAAAAUAAAAUUUUAAAAGCUGUUUUUCAUA